AUGUUUACUAAGUCUUAUCGCCAAGUUUUAUUGGCAACAGCUUUAGUGAAGAUUAAACAUCAAGGUUCAGAAUUUGAUCUUAGAGCCCUUAUUGACCAAGGCUCUGAAGUUUCAUUCCUGUCAGAAAAAUUCCAAAAGCUCAUAGGUCUUCCCACUGAAAGUACUCAAGCCAAUAUAUGUGGUAUGGGUUCAACUGUUACUGCUUCCGCUUCAAAACUUUGCAAUUUUACUCUUAAGGCUAACUUAAAUAAUUUUGAAAUAGAGACUCGAGCAUUAGUUUUGAAAAAACUCACUAGUAAUCUUCCAGCAGUAUCAAUGGAUCUUGAUCAAACACACUGUAAUUUUAACUUUCCGUUGGCAGAUCCUUUCUUUUAUCAGAGUUCAAGUAUUGAUAUGCUCAUCGGAGCAGAUCUUUAUCCAGAUAUAGUUUUGGAAGGGGUGAAGAAAAAUGUUUUAAAUUCUUUAUUAGCACAAAACACAGUUUUUGGAUGGGUCUUACUCGGUCCUUAUGACGAUAUUCCCACCAUUUCAAAUUUUUCAACUUUUGUCUCGUAUAGUGACGAGCCUCCACCAAGUCACUGUAUUGAAAGAUUUUGGAAAAUCGAGGAAUUACCUCAAAUUUACUUACUUUCUCCAUCCGACCAAUAUUGUGAAGAUUUAUAUCGAAGUACAACUUUUCGAGAUGCAACUGGAAGAUAUAUUGUUAAAUUACCCUUUAAGAAUCCUACGGAGGAACCGCAGUUAGGCACUUCACGUUUCAAUGCAAUGAAACAAUAUCUUCGAAACGAAAAAAGUUUAAUGUCUAAGCCCACUGUUAAAACAGAAUACGAUAGAGUCCUUUCUGAGUAUAUUGAAUUAGGUCAUAUGUCAUCCACGCCACCUUAUGAAUUGUGGAACGAUGGUUGUGUUCAAUCUUUUUAUAUGCCACACCAUGCUGUUCUAAAGCCCCAAAGUACCACUACAAAACUGAGGGUCGUUUUUAACGCAUCUUGCUCAUCCUCCAAUGGCAACAGCCUAAACGAUCUUUUGUAUCCAGGCCCCGUUCUUCAAAGUGACAUUACGUUGCUCCUUCUUAACUGGCGUUUCUAUAGAUACGUUUUCAACGGUGAUAUUGAGAAAAUGUACCGCCAAAUUGGUAUUCAUCCUGACCAUGCACAAUAUCAACGCAUUUUAUUCCGUCCCAAUGGGGAUCAAAAGGUCGUCGAUUACAAUUUAAACACUGUCACCUUCGGAGUAAAUUGCGCUCCAUAUCUCGCAAUACGCACUCUUCAUCAAUUAUCAUCCGAUGUUGAAGCCAGUUUUCCUUUGGCUUCCAAAAUUCUUAAAAAGGAGUUUUACGUGGACGAUGUCCUUUCUGGCGCUCACGAUAUUUUAUCAGCACGUAGAGCACAGACGGAACUUAUAACGGCUCUGCGAUCCGCUGGAUUUAACUUAAGAAAGUGGGCAGCUAACGAUUCUGAAUUAUUAAAUCAUAUUCCCAGGGAAGAUCUUUUAAACAAAGAUUUCUUAACUAUCGAAGAUGACAGUUCAACAAAAACACUUGGUGUUCAAUGGAACGCCUCCACUGACACUUUUUCCUUUUCAACCAACCCACAAAGUUUAUCCGUGGUUUCUACAACCAAACGCGAUGUUUUAUCAGCCAUCUCAAGAUUGUAUGAUCCUGCAGGUUGGCUUGCACCCGUUGUUGUAACUGCGAAGAUAAUUAUGCAACAAAUUUGGAAAGAUGGAACUGAGUGGAAGCAAAAUCUUAAGCCUCUCACCCAUCAAAAAUGGAAAUCUUUUCUAUCCGAUUUCUCGGAAAUAGAAAAAAUCACUAUUCCUCGUUGGGUGGAUUAUUCCCCUUGGAAAAAAAUGCAACUCCACGGUUUCUCGGAUGCCUCCGAAAAAGCUUAUGCGGCCACCGUUUAUGUUCGGGUCCGUCAUGAUUCUUCGUUAGUCACAUCUCAUUUAUUAUGGGCCAAAUCCAAAGUUGCGCCUGUUAACACACUUUCACUUCCACGCCUUGAACUCCAAGGUGCAUAUCUUCUGUCACGUAUGAUUCGAAUAUUACUCAAUCAAUUUGAUUUUUUAAACAAUAUCCCUAUUCAUCUGUGGACUGAUUCCACAAUUGUUCUUGCGUGGCUUAGCAAACCACCAAGUACUUGGAAAACGUUUGUUGCUAAUCGAACUUCAGAAAUUAUAACUAACGUUCCUGAUGUACAAUGGAGUCAUGUUCCCUCUGCUUAUAAUCCCGCUGAUUUGGCGAGUCGUGGUAUCUCCCCUGGAGAACUUAAAUCAAAUCAAUUAUGGUGGACCGGACCUAAUUGGUUACAAGAACCAAAAUUAAACUGGCCCUCACUUCAGGAACAUGAUCCUCCGGAUGAAUCAAUCCUUGAACUUAAAUCAAUUUCAAAACACGUAAAUGUUGCACUGCAAAAAAUCGAAUUCGAAAACAAAAUUUUAAACAGAUUUUCUUCAUGGCAUAGAGCGCUCCGUGUAAUGAGCUAUGUAUUUCGUUUUCGUGAAGCAGCUCGCAAAGUUCCAAAUAGAACCGAAUAUCAUACGAUAUCCCUUUCUCAUGAAGAGAUCAAGUCUACAAAAACAAAAAUUAUCCAAUUAACUCAAAAACAGUAUUUUGGAGGUGAAUAUUUUGCCCUCGUUCAAGGAACAAAAGUACACUCAAAAAGUAAAAUUUUAUCACUUAGCCCGUUUCUUGACUCCAACCAGGUAAUACGUUCUCAAGGUAGACUUGCAUGCUCAACUUUAUCAUACAAUGAAAAAUUUCCUAUCAUUGUUCCCUAUAAAUCUUAUUUGUCACAUCUUAUUUUAUCUUAUAUUCAUCAAUUGUCGUUACAUGGUGAAAUCCAAUUGAUGACUCGUUUGGUGCGUUCCGAGUAUUGGAUACCCAAACUAUCAAACCUGAUCAAAAACUUUAUUCGAAAGUGUAAACCUUGUGUUUUAUACAAAAAAUCUGUCCAGGCUCAAUUUAUGGGUGCCUUACCGGCAGAAAGAACAGUUUUAAGCUUACCAUUCACCAACACUGGCAUUGACUUUGCUGGUCCCUUCACAAUUCAAAAUUUCUACGGAAGAAAAUGUCGUCUAGAAAAGGGCUACGCAUGUCUCUUUGUCUGCUUCGCCACAAAGGGUAUUCACUUGGAAGCAGUCAGCGAUUUAUCCGCUGCUGCAUUCUUGGCCGCUUUUACACGCUUUGUUUCUCGUCGUGGACUGCCGGCAACAGUGUUUUCCGAUAACGGAACAAAUUUUGUAGGGGCAUCUAAGUUGCUCAUUGCAGAUCUGCAGAAAGCUGUUCAAAGUUAUCCUGCUGACUCAGCACCCAAUUUUUCAAAAAUCACUUGGAAAUUUAUUCCUCCUGGCUCCCCACACAUGGGUGGUUUGUGGGAGGCAGGGGUGAAAAGUUUCAAAACUCACUUCAAAAAAAUAGCCGGCAACGCAAAAUAUACCUUCGAAGAAUUUUCGACCCUACUUACUCGAAUCGAGGCAUGCCUCAACUCUAGACCUUUAACUAGAAUGUCUGAUAAUCCUGAAGACCUACUUCCAUUAACUCCAGGGCACUUUUUACGGGGUGGUCCUCUACUUAGUCCCCCUGAGCCUUGUGAAUCUCAAAAGAACAUUUCCUUUAUGCGAAGAUGGAACACUCUCAAAGUUAUUCAUCAUAAAUUUAGUUUGCGUUGGAAGGAAGAGUAUUUAAAAGGGCUCAUGAAUCGCUAUAAAUGGAAAUAUCCUCAAAGGGAUAUCGCAGUGAAUGAUCUAGUCGUUUUGAGAAAUGAGCAGCUUCCACCGAAUGAGUGGCGGCUUGGUAGAGUCUUAAAGGUCUACCGUGGUCCCGAUGAUAGAGUACGCGUUGUUGAUGUUAAAACCCAAAAAGGGGUUGUUACUCGUUCUGUCGUCAAACUGUGUAUUUUGCCUUCGGACUGA